UUCAACAGGACCCUUCUGUCCCUGUCUGUGUGUGCAGACAUGGCAACAUCCCUGGACACACUCAGCCUCUCCCAGAUGCUGGAUCUCGCCAUCGGGAUGCCCCAGAAGGGAGCCAUUCACUUUGCAGCCUUGCGAAAACUGCUGCAGGCCGUGCUGGAGCACCUGGACGUGCAGUACCUGAGCAGCCAGGAGCCGUGGCCGGGCCAGCUGAGUGGCCCCUCACUUGCUGACCUGGCCACUGACGUGGGAAAGAUGAAGAGGGAGAUGGAAGACUACAAGAAACACAUGUCCAAGCUUCUUCGUGAGGAGAUUGCUGGCAUAAAGGCAGAAAAUUCCCGCAUAUCAGAGGACAUGAAGAAGUUCCAGGAGACACAGACCAUGGCUAUUUCCCAGCAUCAAGAAGAGAUUGCAAAGUUAAAGGCUGCCCAUCGUCAUACGGCAGAGGAAAUGAAGAAGGUCCAGAUGUCGCGGGACGAGGACACGACUCUCAUCCGGGAUCUCCGUGAGGAGAUUGACAAGAUCAAGACAACACAGAUCUGCAUGGAAGGAGACAUAAAGAAGAUUAAGGAGUCCCUUGCCUUAAUGAAGAAGCUGGAGGAGGACCUUAAAAAGCUGAGGCAGGAUGCAGCCAAGUGGAAAGAAGAGAGCAGUAAGGAGAUCUCUCAGCAAAUAGAGGCUUUGCGGCAGGAGACAAAACGUGAUCUGCAGAAGAUGGGAGAGCAGCAGGAGAUGAGGAAUGCCAUGCUGGAGCAGCUGGUGACAGAGACAGCUGACCAGCUGAACGAGCAGGAUCGGGAGCUGAGCCAGCACAUGGAAGCCAAGUUUUUGCAGAUUCAAAGGGACUAUGAGAAACUCAGCUUUGCCUCAGGGAUGCUGCAGAAGGACUCUCAACAAAAGCAGAAAGAAAUCACGAUGCUGUUCCAGUCUCUGGAGAAGCUGCAGAAGGAGAAAGCAAAUGUGCAGGACAUGAUGGCAGCAAUGGACAUGAAGGCGGACAAAGCUGCCUUGGGCAGCAAAGUUGAUUGCAGCCAGUUUGAAGAGAACAUGGAGGAGCUGGAUGAGAGGAUGCAGGAGUUGCAGAGCCAGAUUUCAGACCAGGAGCAGCACUGGAAUGAGGUGCAGCGUCAGUUCAGUGAUGCAAUUGAAGAGAAGCUGGAUCGCCUGGAGCUGAAGACUUUCCGUAAGCACCUGGAGGACUCCUGGAGCAGGAACAUGGAGGAACUUGAGAAUAGGCUGAUGCGUGAAAACGCUGCUGGCAUUAAGAAGCAGCUGCCAGUCCCUUUCACGUGCCUGUCCUGUGACCGCAUGCUCACCGUGCAGGUUCCUGGCCAGUCCCCCAAGACACUCCCGUAUUUGCAGCCGCUGCCCCCCAGCAAGGAGCCACAGCACAGCCAAAGGAGGCCGGUGGCCCAUGGCAGUGUCCCCGGUGUGCCACCGAGCUCUGGGGACCAUCAGAGCAGCAGCUCCACGAUGCAGAACAACAAGGCUUCCCCACAGAGAAUCGGUCAGCCCCAGGACUUCUUGACAGUCCAGAAAAAGCCCAGUGUGACCCAGCUGCUGGACAGAGAUGGACACAUCUCAAGGGGCCGUAUUGACCAGCAUCCUAUGGUGAUCAGGACACAGCAUGCAUCAGGCCCUGCCGUCUCACGAGAGCACCGGACAAGCACAGCCCCCCGACACAUCUCAUGGGCACCAGGGCUCGUGCAGCCUCUCCAGCCCCGCCGGACAUCAACAGCCCCCAGCCAGCUGGGAAGGACUCAGCGCCCAGUGCUCGAUCUGGGACAUCUUGUCAGAAGCGAGAAGCGCCUGUGACAGUGGUGUUCAGAAAUAUGGUUUUUUAGUUGUACUAAGUUAAUAAAACCCCUUAAAGUUGUAGGCAGA